UUUAACCUCUGAUUCUGUAACACACUUGCGUUUCUAAUCUCUCUCUCUCUCUCUCUCUCUCUCAUCUCGUCCAUAUAACUGCAUGCUCUUGCUCUCCCUUCCUUCGCUUCCCUCCCUGCUAUUCCCGUAACCGUCUCUCUUCUCAUCCUUGUUCGAUCCUCUCACUGCGACCAUGAGAGAGAUAUUGCACAUCCAGGGAGGCCAAUGCGGCAACCAGAUCGGCUCCAAGUUCUGGGAGGUUAUCUGCGAUGAGCACGGCGUCGAUCCUACCGGAAAGUUCAUCGGCGGUGCCGAUUCGGAUUUUCGAUUGGAGAGGAUCAAUGUCUAUUACAAUGAGGCUUCGGGCGGUCGCUAUGUUCCCAGGGCGGUGCUCAUGGAUCUUGAACCUGGUACCAUGGACAGCAUCAGAUCGGGUCCCUAUGGCAAGAUAUUUCGCCCGGAUAACUUUGUCUUUGGACAGUCCGGAGCCGGGAACAAUUGGGCUAAAGGUCAUUAUACCGAAGGAGCCGAGCUGAUUGAUGCAGUUCUUGAUGUGGUUCGCAAAGAGGCUGAAAAUUGCGAUUGCUUACAAGGUUUUCAAGUCUGUCACUCGCUUGGAGGAGGCACGGGGUCUGGCAUGGGGACACUGUUGAUAUCAAAGAUUAGGGAAGAAUACCCAGACAGAAUGAUGCUCACAUUCUCUGUUUUCCCUUCUCCUAAGGUCUCUGAUACAGUUGUGGAGCCGUACAAUGCCACUUUAUCCGUGCACCAACUGGUGGAGAAUGCAGAUGAGUGCAUGGUUCUUGACAAUGAAGCACUCUAUGAUAUUUGCUUCAGGACUUUGAAACUUAGCACUCCGAGCUUUGGUGAUCUAAACCAUCUGAUUUCGGCGACUAUGAGUGGGGUUACGUGUUGCUUGAGGUUUCCUGGACAGCUGAAUUCAGACCUGAGGAAGCUGGCAGUCAAUCUGAUCCCAUUCCCACGUCUUCACUUCUUUAUGGUGGGGUUUGCGCCUCUCACCUCUCGGGGGUCUCAGCAGUACGUUUCACUUACUGUCCCGGAACUGACUCAGCAAAUGUGGGACGCCAAAAAUAUGAUGUGUGCUGCUGAUCCACGACACGGGCGCUACUUGACAGCAUCUGCAAUGUUCAGGGGAAAGAUGAGUACAAAAGAGGUAGAUGAACAAAUGAUCAACGUGCAAAACAAGAAUUCGUCAUACUUUGUGGAGUGGAUCCCCAACAAUGUGAAGUCGAGUGUGUGUGAUAUUCCACCCAAGAAUUUGAAGAUGUCGUCAACUUUCGUUGGGAACUCGACGUCAAUUCAGGAGAUGUUUAGGAGGGUUAGCGAGCAGUUCACAGCCAUGUACCGGCGCAAAGCCUUUUUGCACUGGUACACCGGCGAAGGGAUGGAUGAGAUGGAGUUCACGGAGGCAGAGAGUAACAUGAACGAUUUGGUAGCCGAGUACCAGCAAUACCAGGACGCAACUGCAGAGGAGGAGGAUGACUAUGAUGAGGGCGUUGAAGAGGCCUAUGAGGAUUAGUAACUCGAAUUCAACAAUGGUACCUCCCUGAAUCGUGCUACCGUCACUGUCUUUUUUUUCCCCCCUCCUUCUCUCUCUUUUAUUUUCUUCCCAAAAAAAAAAGACAAUUCUCCUUGAUUUAUAUCAGCUUUUCGUUUGAAACAUUUUACAUUUCUUCGCAUGAUUUUCUAUCUUGUGAGUUAAUAUUUUGGAUUAUGUUUAUCUUGUGUAUGAAACUAUGAAUUGUAUCCAACUCUUUAUGCAAUAAAAUAUGGUGGUUUUCUGGCAA